AUUUAAGAAAUCUUUUUCGGUUGCUAUCUCCGAAUAAUCUUUGUAACGAACUGUUACAUUGUUUUGGCGAAUAUGUUCGAACCAGUAUUUUAGAAGCUAUUUCCAACCUUCCAAAAGACUCUUCACUAACACAGGUUCAUUUUGCUGAGAGUCUCUUAAAUCUCCGAAGUAGAUUUUUGGAGUAUAUUGAUGAUGUUUUUGAUGGGAAAACUGGUUUCCGUAAUCAAAUGGAUAAAGCCUUUAAUUUGGCUGUGAAUAGUCGUGUACCUUCUUCAAGUAUUCUAGCCACAACAUCUAAACAAACUAAUUACAGACCAUCUGAAUUGUUAUGUCGAUACAUGGAUUCCUUAUUACGUAAAUCUGUCAAAACUAUGACUGUUUCAGAAAUUGAAACUAAGCUGACAGCGUCAAUUGCUAUUUUCAAGUAUAUUGAUGAUAAAGAUCUUUUCCAAAAGUAUUAUCAACGUAUGCUGUGCAAAAGACUGGUGUUCAAUUAUUCUUCCUUGCUUGAACUUGAAGAAUCUAUGAUUAAUCAGCUAAAAACUGUUUGUGGAUAUGAAUUUACUUCAAAAUUUCAGCGUAUGUUUAAUGAUGUUCAACUUAGUCCUGAGUUAAAUCGGAAGUUUAAUGAGUACUUACAAUCAAGAGAUAUACGUUUUACCUUUGGUCAUCAUUUUCAUGUUUUAACGCAAUGUUCGUGGCCAAUUUCACUUAGUGGUGUUACUGAUUUUUUACUCCCACUCGAAUUGUAUACAUGUACUUACCAUUUUGAAGAAUUCUAUACAGCCGCUCAUCAAGGAAGAAAAAUGAGAUGGGCACAUAGUUAUUCAACAGUGGAACUCCAAGUGCUUUUCACUGAUAAGACUUAUCAAAUACAAGCGCCUGCUAUUAAUGCUGCUAUCCUACUAUUUUUUGAUCAUAUGGACUCAGAUCGUAUCAAAGUGAAAGAUCUGCAUUUCGGGCUACAACUAGCGGUAUCUGAAGGUCGACCAACUAUAAGUAGUGAAAAUAACUCUACAUCUAAACGAAGUGUUCCAACCACUGACUCUUCAAUUACUGGUAAAAUGGAAACUUGUUCACAAGAUGUGUUGGAUUCUUCAUGUGAACUGGAUCUUAUUCAACGACUUUUGACACCACUAAUUGAAUUGAACAUAAUAUAUGUUGAAGCAACUGAAGGGCAAAGUAGUAAUUCAUCGGGUAACAUCGUGACAGUAAGUUAUUGAUAGCAUAAUACAUCUAACCACUUAUAUAUUUGCGUAGAUGGAUAGCGUUAUAGCCCUAAACCGUUCGUUUACAAGCAAACGUCUAAAGCUAAGGGUGAAUUUCGGCUCUCAAGGAAAAGAAUCAAACCAGUCGGAAGCUGAUCAGGUUGAUCGUCAAGUGAACGAGGAUCGGCGCUACUUCAUACAAGCUGCUAUUGUGCGAAUUUUAAAAGCUCGAAGACAGAUAAAGCAUGCACAGCUUAUUGAAACUAUUUUACAGCAAGCAUCUAACCGUUUCCAACCACCGAUACCACUAAUCAAGCGUUGCAUUGAAGGUCUAAUAGAUACUGGCUAUCUUGAACGAAAUCCAGAUGAUCCUGAUCAAUACAGUUAUCUUGCAUAAUUCCAAGUGCUUUAUUUUUAAUAAAUUACAAAUUUAUUGGGAUGCUGUAAAUAUCAAUAAAUAACACACUAUAAGGGAUUAAAUUGCUCCUGUUUUGCCAAGUUGUUCUUUUAAAAUCAUAAUGCUGCGUCGUUGAUCCUCUGGUAAGAGAGCAAGUUGUUCGUCUGAUAGCUGAAGAACUUGCAUAAUAAGUGUGACUUUUUCUUGUUCACCUUGUCCUGCUAGUAAACUAUUGGGACCCAUACUUGCAGCUGCCGCUGCAGCAAUUGCAGGGGUAAUCUGUUAAAAUUAUUUUAAAAAAUAAGUAGAAUUAACUAGAAUAUGUAACAUGCGAUUUUAUGCAUUUGUAUAUAAAUCAGUUAAUAAUUGCAUUCUCAAGAGACUAUUUAAAGUAGGUGUUUACGAGAAGUCUAUCUUAUUGGUACUAUUUAAAGGUGAAGUAGUUUAAUAUUAUAAAGGUCAUUAUACAUGAUGGAAAGUUUUUUUAGCUUUACUUAUACGUAGUUCAAAAGUGUAUAUGUACAUGUUUAUCUGGAGAAACUUGUGAUUCUUACAAUAAAUUUAAAUAUACAGAUAAAAUA